AUGAAGAUCUCUAGAAAUCACAAAAGUGCUUUAGAUCACCCUGUAGUUAUUGAUCAGUUCAUUAGUGUAGGGAAAGAAAAGAGUCGAAUUGCGGGACCAUUCAAGGAACCACCUUUUCUAAAUUUCAUUUCUUCUCCUCUUGGAGUGGUUCCAAAAUCAGAACCGAAUAAAUAUAGGGUAAUUCAUGAUCUCUCCUUUCCCAAAUUUGAUUCAGUGAACCUUGGCAUUCCUGAAGAAAAUUCAAAAGUACAAUACGACUCGAUUGAUAAUAUAACUGAACUUCUUCGGAAAUUUGGUAAAGGGGCUUUAAUGGCAAAAGCAGACAUUGAGGACGAUUUUCGUAUUGUACCCAUACACCCUGAAGACUACAAACUCCUAGGUUUCUCCUGGGAUAGUAAUUUCUAUUAUGAUAAGUGUCUACCCAUGGGUGCCAGUAGCUCUUGCCAAAUUUUUGAGUGUCUCAGUACCAGUUUGCAGUGGGUUAUGUGUGAAAAAUUUGGUGCAUCUGGCAUGUCCCACAUGUUAGAUGACUUUUUCUUUAUAGGCCCACACCGGUCUGAUGCAUGCCAGGCAUCAUUACAGAGGUUCUUAAGUAUUUGUCAAGAAUCUGGUAUACCCAUCAAAUCUGAAAAAACUGAGGGUCCAACUACUACAUUGACAAUUUACGGCAUUGAAGUCGACUCUAUUGAAAUGGUCUGUAGAUUGCCAGAGGCUAAACUCUUAAAAAUAAGGGAUAGGUUACACGAAGCCAAGAAUAGGAAGAAAAUAACACUUAAAGACUUACAAUCUUUAAUAGGGCUUUUGAAUUUUGCCUGUCUGGUAGUUGUCCCAGGGAGGGCUUUUCUGCGUCGCCUCAUUGAUUUAACUUGUGGAAUAACUCAACCCCAUUUUUUCAUAAGGCUUACUUGUGAGGCAAGGGCUGACUUGAGUAUGUGGUCCCAUUUUAUAGAUAACUUUAAUGGGAAAUCGGUUAUUCUGCCAGAUAUUUGGGCCUCUGCUGAAAAACAAUUACUUUUUACUGAUGCUUCAGGGUCAUUGGGCUGUGCAGCUGUUUUGCGUAGAAACUGGUUUGCCCUGGGUUGGGACGCAAUCAAAGACAUGUCACAUCAGCAAAUCGCAAUUAAAGAGAUGUUCCCAAUAGUAUUAGCUUUAGAGAUUUGGGGAUCAUAUCUUGCCGAUAGGAAAAUACUUUUCAUGUCCGAUAAUUUAGCUGUGGUGCACGCCAUAAACAAGCAAACAUGCAAGGAAAAAACUCUCAUGAAACUAGUUAGGAGACUUGUUCUUGUGACCCUUUCUCAGAAUAUUCUUUUUAAAGCUAAGCACAUUCCUGGGAAAAGUAAUACUUUAGCAGAUCACCUAUCUCGGUUUAAAUUUCAGGAGGCCUUUAGGAUAGCACCUCACUUGAAUCCCAGUCAAACAGUGGUGCCCAAGGACCUCUUGUCGAUUUGA